AUGGCUCUCAGCCGGGUGCGCGGUCACCCCGCGAUUGCGAAACCGCCAUGCGCACCGCGCAACGAGCACCGCGCGUUGCCACGCUCUGCUCCAAAGCUGACGGGCGCCUCGCUCGCAACAGACACAUCGCACGUUCCUUGCAAGUUCUUCCGGCAAGGCGCCUGCCAGGCUGGCAAUGCCUGCCCCUUCAGUCACGAUCUCAGCCAGGCCGCCGAGAAUGUGUGCAAAUACUUCGCAAAGGGCAACUGCAAGUUUGGUCCGAAAUGCGCUAAUAUCCACGUGUUGCCCGACGGGCGCCGCAUCAACUACGGCAAGAACGGUGUGACAAUAGGGUCAUCGCCUGUCACGCUUGGUGCUCGCCUUAAUCCCACCACGUACCACACACCGUCCAACAGUGCCCUGACGAACUCCUUCUUGCGUGCCGACGCCCUUCCGCCUUAUACUGCCACGAGCCCGUACGCCCUCCAAGACGACCGAUACAGCCACCAGCUGGGCCGCCAACCCAGCCUGGAGAACGGCCUGCCCGUCAUCGACACAACAUACACCUCGAACCCCGCCUCGGCCUAUGGCUCCCCGCGCGACGAAGACGUGAACCGCUUCGGGCUCGGCCUCUCACCCGUCAACGUAAAGGGGCUGUCGGUUCUCGAUGCGCCGCUGCCCGCCUCCUUCGACAGCAACGGCAUCUCGCACGCCGCCCGCUAUGGCCCGUGGCCGUCGUCGAUGCCAAGCAAAUUCGGUCUCGAGUCCCCGUCGCCGUCGCUCAACUCGGCCAAAGAUGCGCGCACAUCGGAAACGCUAAAGCUCCUGCACACAUCGGCCUUUGGCAGCAGCGAGCACCUAUCACCUUCGGCCCUAGCCGCUGCUGAGGUCAACGGCUUUGCGAGCAGUCCGCCGACUGGCUCGGCAAUGCACGGCGCGGCGCUGGCUAACGAUGAAUACUUUGGAAGGCGGGCAAUGCACAGCAGCUCGCUGCGGUAUACGAAGCCGCGGCUGAUGAGCAGCAGCGCGCCCAAGAUCGAUCGAGACUGGGAGACCGAGUUUCUAUUUGAAGAGGACUACGUGCCCGGUGCUUUGGCCAACGAGGUGCUCACGCCAGCCGAGAAGGCUAGGAGGGGAUCCGCGACUCACACCCUGCGCGCCGUCGACAUGGAGCAACAAAUGCCAGAGUCGUCUCCCGUAUCUAAGUUCGGGAGCCCCCUAACGGCCUCGAGCCCAAGCCGGUGGGGUACACUCUUUCAGCGGCAGAAGGAAGAGGACGCGUUGCAGGAUAACGGCACAUCGUACACGGGAGGGUCAGGCCGAUCGCUGAAGCACACGUCCGCGUUCGGCCACGUCGGCAGCCCCCUUCGAAACUCGAGUCUGGCCGGCGCGCUCAACGCCGAGCUGAACGGCGAUUCGGCCAACGGCAAAUCGGCAUCUGCCAGCUGGCAGAACGACUCUCUGGCGCUUCUUACACAGCAGAUGCAGCGGACACGGCUGGCAGAGGAUGCAUCUGGCGGCUCCAGCCCACAUCUACAUCCCCAUGUGACUCGCAAUCCCAGUUCAAAUGGCCUGGGGUCGAUCAGCGCCGGGGUCAUCGGCAAGGAGAGGGAAAAGGAGCGGGGGCUCGAGCGGCACGUCAGCAGCGGCUCGAUCGGCUCGAGCGUGACAGGGCGCUUCACGACGCCUAUUGACGAAGAAGACACGUCGUUUGUGUUCAGCAUGGAGGACGAAGACGAAGAGCAGAUCCGAGCCAGGAAGCGCGCCUCGGGGGGUCACCUGGGCGCCACCAGCCCACUCAACAACGAGUGGAGCUACGCUGCCGCGGUAGCCAGCAACCGAAAUAUCGCGAGCGGUGCCGGCGUCAACAACGCUCGCAACGGAGCCAGCACAGUCGAGACGGUUGGGGGCAGAUGA